AUGGAUGCUGAUCAUCAUCAUCAUCAUCAUGCUCAUGCUAUUCACAGAUUUUCAAGUUUCCCAUUGCAACUCUUAGGGAAAAAUGAUGAUCAACAACAACAAUCUCGUUCUACCUCAGUUUAUCCAUCUUUAGCUAUCUCUUCUUCACCCAGCUCCAUCAAUACUACUUCUGAUAAUAUUAUUGUUGAUGCUGAUAAACAAAGUGGUGUUGUUAGUGAUAGUCAGGUGACGACGGCGGCGCCGACCAAGAAGCCUCAGCCAAAAAGAGCAUCAACAAAGGAUCGGCAUACAAAGGUAGAUGGUCGCGGCCGGAGGAUCCGGAUGCCGGCAACUUGCGCCGCCAGGGUUUUCCAGCUUACUAAAGAGCUCGGCCACAAGUCCGACGGCGAAACCAUUGAAUGGUUGCUACAGCAGGCGGAACCGGCGGUUAUUGCCGCCACGGGAACCGGCACGAUUCCGGCUAAUUUCAGCACGCUUAACAUCUCAAUGAGAGGGUCCGGGUCAAGUUUGUCAGCACAGUCUCAGUUAAUGAUGAGGAAUAGUUAUUUCAACAACCACCAAUAUCAGAGUUUUAUGGGGAAUAAUAUCUUGAAUCUUUAUGGCCAUAAUGUUGGAAAUGUGGAUUCAGUUUUGAAAGCUAAGCAAGAGGUAACACGCCAUCAAGAAGAAGGGAGCAACAGUUACCUUGAUUUGGGAAGGAAAAGAAGGCCAGAAGAAGACUUGACAUCUUUGCAAAACAAUUACUUGUUACAAUCAAGUUCGAGUUCCAGUUCGAGUUCGAGUUUCCUUAUGUUGGCAAAUAAUCCUCCUAGUUCUAAUACUAGUCAACUACAUGAUUCUUCAUGGAGUAGUAGUACUAAUACUAGUGCUACAUUUCCUAGUAGUAUGAGCAGUAAUACUAUUAGUAAUAAUAGUGGCUUGAAUAGAGGAGGUCAUCAUUUCUUGAAUUUUACUGCUACUACUUCAGCAGCCUUACUUCCCGGCUUGGCUAAUGUCACUAAUAUUGGAAGUUCCGGUGUUUCAACGGCGGCAUUUGAUGGGCAAUUGGGAAUGCUGGCGGCGUUCAACGGCUACCGGCCGCCUAAUCAAGGUGGCGCAGAUGAUUGGCGUGGUAACUCAACCACCACUCACCAACACUCCUAAGGGGUAAGUGUACUACCGAAUUGAUUGUGACCAGGCAUCAGGAAGAUUAAGCGUACGUUUGCUUCAUCAGUUUUGUCAAUGUGCACCCUUUUGAUGUUGAAGGAUGACCAUGUUUGCCGGUUAGGAACAUGCAAACCCUUUAUUGAUGCAAUUCACAUACCCACCAAAUACUACCAUAUAUUAUACUGUAGUACUAUAAAAUUAAAAUUGGGUACAACAAUAUUAUUGUUGUUAAAUUUUGAGGGUUUUGCAGCAAUGUAUAUGCGAGAAAGCUGGUCCAAUUAGAGCUUUAAUUACCGAUCGAAAUAAGAUUGAAAAAGAUGAGACCCACCAAUAAGAUACAGUACACAGUGACUUUUGGUUUUCAUGUCAGGCAUUAUGAGCCCUAGUAGCUGCACAACAUAUUGGUGAAAGAACUCAUCGGGAUGAAUUCCAUUGAGUGUUGUACAGCCUGAAUCAUGCAUGCAUUUCUCUCUUUAUCAUGUAAAAGUUGCUGCAGCCACCGAAGAUGGUGGGUAAUUAUUUGUGUUUUUUGCCCGACCCUACCACACAUGUUACGACCAAACAAAAUCAAGUUCCGGAGACCUUACAAGUUGACCAUGAGUCCCUCUCCUGAAACCAGGUUACCAUAUUGUUGAAUAUUGUGUUCCUGCUCUCUCUUAAAAAUCAUAGUCCUGUAUUAAUUGUACGAUGAAACGGCAUCAGAAAUAUAUAAGAAGAUUGAAGAGAGUAUAUAUUAUGAUUGAAGCAAUAAUGUUACCAGACAGUUAAAGUACUUUAACCAACUUUGAUCUUAAGUUGAUUUACCACCUAUUGAAUUUCGGUUCAAUUUUUCAAGUUUGUGUACAUGUACAGAGU